GAGUCUGGAUCGUGGAGCGGUGCGGAAGAUGGACGAAUCGAAAUCAGCGAUUCAAGGGUUAGGGUCCAAGCCCCUUUAUGCAUUUGGCUACUCCAGCCGAGUCCAGCGCCAUGGAUGAAGAACAAUACUAAAGCCGGACAAACAAACCGUUCAGGACAAUAUCAAGACCAUUCCAGCGCUCGACGCCACUAAGAGAGCGAAAGAUGAAGGCAUCACAUAAGUAUCCGGGGGAAACCUGCUUGUCCACUAUGGUUGUUCUGGGCUUUUUCCAGGCCUUUUCCAGACAUUCUGCUGCCGCCCCCCUAGUCUCUAGAUAUCUCCUGUGACCAGUGAGCGCACUUGAGCCCGAGCACAAUGACAUCUCACAUGCCCAAGGGCUACGCCGAGGACCGCCUGCAUCGGUACCUCGCGCACUUCACCCGGGAUCCGUCCAACUUCUCCAACCUCGACCACGAAGCCAUCGGCUGGGCCACCGACGAAGAGCGCCGUGAGCGGCAGAAGAAGUACGGCGAGGUGGCAUCCGACUACUACGACCUCGUCACUCCGCUGUACGAGCAGGGAUGGGGCCAGCAGUUCCACUACACGCCCAUCGUGCAGGGCCUCACCCUCCGGGCGAGCAUGACGGCCUACGAGAAGCUGUUUGCCGAGCUGGCCGGCCUGAAGAAGGGUAUGCGUGUCCUGGACUUGGGGUGCGGCAUCGGCGGCCCCGCGCGGACCAUCGCCUCCACGGUCGGGUGCCAGAUCGUGGGCAUCACCAACAAUGCGUGGCACGUCGAGCGCGGCACGGCCCUGACGAGGCAGGCCGGGCUCGACGGCAUGGUCUCUCUGGUGCAGGGGGAUUUCCUGAAACUGCCCUUCCCCGACGAGUCGUUCGACGCGGCCUACUCAAUCGAGUCGCUGUGCUAUGCGCCCGAUCCCGCAGCGUGCUACAGGGAAGUCAAGCGCGUGCUCAAGCCGGGCGCGCCGUUCGCGUUCCAUGACUUUGCCAUGACGGAGAAUGCGCCCGCGCCGUGGUACUAUGGCCCGGCCGGCGACAUCUGCUGGGCUUGGAGAAUGCCUGGGUGGCCCGACUUCUGGAAGGUGUUCAAGAUGUGGACUCCCUUCCGCGGCUUCGCGCACAUGGUUUACCGUCUGAUGAUCCUGCUCGGAAUGCGGGCCCGCGAGGUCUCGAGCCUGAUGGACAUGAUGUGGUACUGCACCAAAGGCGUGGCCGUCGGCGGGAAGAUGGGCAUCUUCACUCCCAUGUAUCUCUUUGUCUGCCGCAAACCGGCGAAGGCGAGAGAAUAA